AUGUCACUAGAUGAGCUUGAUCUGCUGCAAUCAAGGGCCACAACCCCCGCCGACGAAUAUCACUGGUACCUUCUCUACCAGCUGAUCCGAGGCCUAGAGUGGCUCAAGCUGAAAGUUCAAAGCGGCGACGUCGACGACGACGACGACGACGAGGUGCGCAUGCAGCAGCAGCAGCUGUCAAGCGAAGCAAGAGAAAGCCUGAAAGAAGUAUUGGACAAGGAAAUCGAAGAGGCCAACACCGACAACCUCCUCUACGCAGAAAACCUGAAACGUGAAGACCAGGCAAACAAGUUCCCGCAGGCGGAGGAGACCUAUUCGCAUGACCUCCGCUUGGGCAAGUUCCGGCAGCAGGAAGGCUAUGAUGAGCGUCUGGAGAGAUUCCGGCGCGAGUGGACGGAAGAGGCGGCUCUGGAGAGAAUCGCGGAAUUGUUUGGCGUGUGGAGCGACGUGAGGAAGAAGCUGGGGCUUCAUAGUGGUGAGACUACCUCGGAAAAGGAUAUGGUGGCUGUUAGGGAGCAUAUGCAGAAGACGGUGGCGGAUAGACAGGCUGUCAGGUUUAAGCCGACUUAUUCGCUCUAUCCAAAAGUUCCGGAGGAGAUGAAGGAAGUGAUGGAGAAGAGAUCAUGACCAAAGUAACUGCACUGUAUCGUACGUACCUCUACCUCUACUUAUCAGAGAGGGAGGCGUGUCACUACUGGCCGGUAGCCGCGUCGCAAUAUCAAGUGGCUCUGCGUGACGAACAGUGGGACUUGCAAAGGGACGGGAGAGAUAACUUUAGUGCUUUUGGUCAAAGGACGUUUGGGUUAGCGUAGCGCUUGGGGCGUUUGAUGGAAAUUGGUCAGAUGAUGAAGG